CAGCGGACAGAACCGGAACUAACGUUACCGGGGGGACCUUGAACUAAAACACAAACAAUGGCGGCUGUAACGCGCAGUAGACCGUACCAUUUUAUCAUUUUCGGUGCCACAGGGUUCACCGGUCAGUUUGUAGUGGAGGAGGUCGCCCGGUGCGCCGCAGAGAGUCGCGGCGGUAACGUUAGCUCUCUGAAAUGGGCCGUGGCCGGGAGAAGCAGACAGCGUCUGGAAGAAGUGUUGAAACAAGCCGCGGGGAGGCUGUCUAUGCCAGAGCUGAGGACAGACGUUGAAAUCAUUGUUGCUGAUGUGUCUAAUGAGGAAUCGCUGGCCAUCAUGUGCCAACAAGGCCUGGUGAUUCUCAAUUGUGUGGGACCUUACAGAUUUUAUGGCGAACCAGUGGUCAAAGCUUGCAUAGAAAAUGGAGCUCACUACAUGGACAUCUGUGGGGAGCCUCAGUUCCUAGAGCGUAUGCAGCUAGAAUACCACACUAAAGCCUUGGACAGAGGAGUGUAUGUGAUUGGCAGCUGUGGCUUCGACUCCAUACCGGCAGACAUGGGUAUUCUCUAUACACAGAGGCAGUUCAAAGGAACACUGACGGCUGUGGAGAGCUUCCUGAAAAUUAGCAGUGGGCCUGAGGGGUCGUCUGGCCACGAUGCCACUUGGCAGUCUGCUGUGUACGGCUUCGCAGACAGCGGAUCCCUCCGCCAGCUGAGGAAGAAGUUUGGCCACAAGCCGCUGCCUGUGGUGGGAGCCAAAGUCAAAAAGAGGGGUUUUAUGUUUUUCAGCAAGGAGAUCGAGCAGUAUGCCAUCCCAUUUAUGGGUUCUGACCCCUCAGUAGUCAAGAGAACCCAGCGUUUCCUUUACGAGGAGGAACAGCAGUCACCAGUUAGUUACAGUGCCUACGUCGGGAUUGGUGGCCUCUUCUCAGUAGUUAAGCUCUUCUGUGGCGGCCUACUCUUCUGGUUCAUGGUCAAAUUCAGCCUGGGAAGGAAACUCCUCACCACGUUUCCAUCACUCUUCUCCUUUGGCUUGUUCACCAAGUCUGGUCCAACCAUGAAGCAGAUAGAAAACACCAGUUUUAGCCUGACAUUUUUCGGGGAGGGCUACUCAGAGGGUACAGAUCCCACACAGGGCCGACCCAACACUAAGAUCUGCACUCAGGUCAUAGGAGCAGAGCCUGGUUAUGUAGCUACAGUUUCUGCUAUGGUACAAGCAGCCGUAACCUUGCUGAAUGAACUGCACUCUCUCCCCAGGAGGGGAGGGGUGUACACUCCAGGAGCUGCCUUCUAUAAAACCAGUCUCAUCGACCGCCUCCAUGACCACAGCAUCAAGUUCUCAGUCAGAAACUACCAGUAGCCCUUUAACAGUAACCACUGUAAAGGUCACGCCUCCUUCCAGUUACAGUAUGUUGUAUUUGUACUGAUGCCUGACCUUUUAUCCAGUCAACAUGACCACAGCGAGUGUAACUGUAAAACCCCUGAACCCUGCAUCUAUUGGUUGUCUGUUUAUUGGUUUAGUAAUAUCAUGCUGAGAAUUGUGAUUUAUCAGAGGGGUCAGAGCUGGUAACAGAACCACUUAAGCAGGGAGCGGUUCAUUGUCGUCCUCAAGGACACUUCAGAAAACAUGUACACGUUGGCUGGCUGCCACCCACUAAGGCCAGCUGUGUCUUGGGUAGAUGGAAAUGUGUUUUUUCAUCAGUAGAAAGUUUCUGCGGACUGAUCUCACAUCACUGCUGGAUCUCUGCGUCUAGUAAAACAGCCGACAUAUUUUACACAGUAAUUUGUUGACUAGGCAUUUGUGAAAAUAAGCAUGGUUCAUUUCAUCAAAAUUGAUCUGAAGUUCAAGAAUCUUGUACUUUGUAAAUGUAAGAAAACAAAAAACACUAAACUUGAUAUUUAAAACACUAUAGCAGAAAGAUUGUGUUGAAUGUAAAUGGUAAAUGGACUGUACUUAUAUAGCGCCUUUCUAGUCAUUCUGACUACUCAAAGCGCUUCAACUACAUAUCUCAUUCACCCCAUUCACACACAUUCAUACAGCGAUGGCAGAACGGCUCAUCAAAGUAACUAAGCAUUCACACACAUUCACACACCGAAGGCACAGCCCUCGGGAGCAACUUGGGGUUCAGUGUCUUGCCCAAGGACACUUCGACAUGUGGGCUGGGGGAAUUGGGUCGCCCAAUGUAGAAUGAUGAUUGAAUAUAAACUGUUUUACAGUGAACAUUUUACUGUGUAUUUGUUUUGUCAUACAUUUUAGAUAUAGUCUUCAAUCAAUAAUAAAGUACUGGAAUGAUACAGGAUGCAGUUGUUUUUAGUUGCUAGCCUGAGCCUUCUAGCAGCCUGUCAACAAUAUAAUCUACCUUUUCUAAUUGAAGUAUGUCAGAGACAAGAGAGUGAAAAACAUUUCAUACCUUGAAAUGUUCUUACAAUUUUACAGUUGUGGGGAAACUGUUAUGCAUUAAGGACAUUAUCUUAAAGGAUGCGUCUGGCAGUAUUCUAUAUUUUUAUUAUUGUCAACAAAUCCCAUGAAAAGACUAAAACCAACAAUGAAUGUAUCCUACUAACACUAGCACUGUGUGACAUGUUCCUUCAUUACCAUGAGCACACACACAGUAGUUUAUUUGGACUCAAUCUCACAUACACCGUCCUGCUGCGGAAAUAUUCACUAGCGCAUCAAAUCCACAGCUGAAAAUAGUUCCCAGCAAAUACACUAUGUACUGCUGUUUGAUUAAUACUGAUUAAAAACUACAGUGUAGUUCUAGGAGAUUAUUUAGCCUUCUUUGAGAAUGACACGACAAAUCCUCAGUAGAAACCAAUGGGCUUGGGGCUGAGAGCCACAGACAAGGUAGAGAAGUCUGAAAGUAUUGAGAGAAGGACUAACAUGUUUUUGCUUUUGGUCUUUUUAUGUGAUUUGUUGAAACCAGUCUUAUCCUUUCCAGUCUUUGAAUUUAAUGCGUAGGGUUAAAUCCAUAAAAGAAUAAAGACUCCUAUGAAUUGUUA